AUGAUCAUCUUCGUUCGAGGUUCCCGUGCGUGUUGUCCAAGACAAGCUGGCGAACAAAGCAUGACUACCUCAAAUCCUAUCCCUUCUAUUCCUUCCGAAUUCGAUGAUAAGGUUGAUAAUGCUGAUGCUGACCUCCCUUCCGGACACGUAUGGGCAUAUCCAUGCAAGCUUCCUUCGUGUCCCGACUACGGCAAGUCCUGGGUCCUUCGAAGCAACUCCAUCUGCAGGAGCAAUAUGCACACAAAAUAA